AUGACUAGCGUAAUAUCAGCUAUCAGAAUUUCAUCCAAAUCAUUACCCCCUACAGCAGCUGUUAUCUUCUUACACGGCUUAGGAGACACUGGUGAUGGAUGGUCGUGGUUUCCACAAUUAAUUGCACAGACCAAAAUUCUCAAUAGCCAUGAAAGUAUUAACUACGUGUUCCCUAAUGCUCCUCAACAGCCUGUUACCGCUAACCAGGGAUAUGUGAUGCCGUCUUGGUUUGAUAUUUUUGAAUUUGGAAAUCCAAAUGCAAGACAAGACGUUGACGGUUUUUUUAAAGCUUGUGAAACAUUGAAAAGUAUCAUUAAAGAGCAGAUUGAGGUAUACAAAGUUCCACCUGGAAAAAUCAUAAUCGGAGGGUUUAGUCAAGGUGCGGCUGUUAGUUUAGCUACUAUAGCCACUUUGGAUUUUAAAAUCGGGGGAUGUGUUGCCUUGUCCGGAUUUUGUCCAAUCGCUAAAGAAAUUGAAAGCAGAAUAAAUUCAUCGAAUUUUGAUACUCCAAUUUUUCAAGGUCACGGAAGUGCAGAUCCACUUAUAAAUUUUGAUCAUGGAUUAAAGACGAGUGAACUUUACAAACGAUUGGGGUUCAAUAAGUUAUCAUUCCAUCGGUACCAAGGGGUCGCCCAUAGUGCGAGUGACCAAGAGCUAAUUGACGUUGUAAAGUUUUUAAAGCAAGUAUUAGAGUAG